AUGGGUUUCAAAACUUUCUGUUUGGGAAUGCUGUGUGUACUCUUUUUAGCUCAUCUUUACACACCCAUACCUGACAAUAUUGAAGAAAGCUGGAAAGUAAUGGCCUUGGAUGCAAUUGCUAAAACUUGUACAUUUAUGGGUAUUUGUUUUGAAAAUAUAGGCAUUAUGAGAUAUGAAGAAUUUAUUUCUGUGAUAUUCAGGAUGGAUUAUACUGAACCCCUUUCAGAUGAAUAUAUCACAGUGAUUGAUACAGACUUUCUCCACAUCCCAGUACGUUUGUAUGUACCGAGACGAAAGGCAGAAACACUAAGACGAGCUAUCAUCUAUAUGCAUGGUGGUGCUUUUUGCUUUGGAAGUUUCAAGCAGAGGGCGUUUGACUUCCUGAACAGAUGGACUGCAAAUAAACUUGAUGCUGUCGUUGUAGGAGUGGAUUACAGACUAGCUCCUCAGCAUCACUUUCCUGCUCAGUUUGAAGAUGGUGUUACUGCAGUGAAGUUUUUCCUUCAGGAUAAAAUUCUUUCAAAAUAUGGAGUAGAUCCCAGUCGAAUUUGCAUCUCAGGAGACAGUUCCGGGGGCACUUUAGCAGCAGCAGUGACUCAACAGGUGCAGAAUGAUCCUGAAAUAAAACAUAAAAUCAAGAUACAAGCUUUACUUUACCCUGGCUUACAAAUGAUCGAUACUUAUUUACCUGCCCAUCGAGAAAAUGAACAUGGUAUCGUGCUGACAAGGGAUGUAACCAUAAAACUUGUGAGUUUGUAUUUCACUAAGGAUGAAGCACUUCCAGAGGCAAUGAAAAAAAACCAACACAUGCCUGUGGAAUCCAGACAUCUCUUUAAGUUUGUUAACUGGAGUACUCUUCUUCCUGAGAAGUUUAGAAAGGACCACGUUUACACUGAACCAAUUCUUGGAAGAUCCGCUUAUUCAUUUCCAGCACUUUUGGAUUACAGAGCAUCACCCUUGCUGGCCAAUGAUUCACAGUUACAGAAUUUACCACUGACCUAUAUCCUUACCUGCCAAUAUGAUAUCCUUAGAGAUGAUGGACUUAUGUACGUUUCAAGACUUCGGAAUGUUGGCGUCCAAGUAGCUCAUGAGCAUAUUGAGGAUGGAAUCCACGGAGCCUUAUCAUAUAUGACAGCACCAUUUUAUUUACACCUAGGUCUUAGGAUAAAAGAUAUGUAUACUGGUUGGCUGGAUAAGAAUUUAUAA